GGCUUACUUAUACGCACAGGAUCGAGACAACUUCGAUUCGUGAACUCACUAAGUCGUUAAACUAAGAGUUAAACUGAAAGCAUUGGCAGUGAAUUUUGGAACACAGCCUGGGUAUUACCGUCGCACCAAGGUUAAAUGACAUAAAACAGUAUCGUUAAGAGAAGCAUAGAAGCUUUUUGGUGUGCGCAGAAGCAAUAGAGAAUUCGUCACCGUCGGUUGGCCGGAUGCGUGUGACGAUAAUCGGGCCAGUUACACAAGUCGGUCCACAUACGCGAGACAAUUUUGUUGCUCGUCAUAUUAGAUUGGACUGUACACAUGUCUUAUCAGACAAGAUACGUGGACGUUAUUGAUUGGACAAAUCAGUAACUAGAUCGGAAGGACCUAACUCCUUAAAAGAGGGACUACCAGGAUUCGAGCGAGCAGAACGCGAUAAACUCUUUCAGAGAAUACGUGGCUGGCACGAUAAAGUGAAAAACGAGGCAUCAUGUUCGUGACCGAAGUUUUGGCGAUUCUAACUGUUUUUCUUAUUAUUUUCAUAUUAGGAAGGAGAACAAAGCGUCCGCCAGGUCCCUUUCCUUGGCCGAUUUUUGGAAAUCGCUAUUAUUUAGAAAAAUUAACGCGUAAAUUCGGUGGGCAACACCUCGCAUUUCUGGAACUCAGCAAGAUAUACAAUAGCAACAUCAUAAGUUUACGUUUGGGUACCGAUGAUGUAAUUGUUGUCACAAACAGUAAGCUUGUACACGAAGUGUGCCUUAGCGAAACCUACGACGGACGCCCGUGGAAUGAGUUUACAAAAUUACGAAACAUGGGCAUGAAAAAAGGGAUCACGUUGAACGACGGCGCGGAAUGGAAGGAAUUGCGUUCUUGGUCAGUGCGUACUCUAAGGAGCGUUGGUUUCGCCAAGCAAACAAUGAUGGAGCUGAUCGUGGAAGAGAUGACGCUCAUGAUGGAAAGACUGGCAAACGGUGGCGUGCAACAAAUACAAUCCGCAUUCGCACCUGCCGUGAUAAAUGUCCUCUGGAUGCUGAUUACAGGACAGAAACCAUCCGAGAAUCUCCCAAGGUUGCAGAAAUUCCUGAAGCUGAUGGAGCGUCGUGCAGAAAAGUUCGAUCUUACCGGUGGUAUUCUAGUCGCUUUCCCCUGGCUACGUUACAUCGCGCCGGAGAUGUCGGGUUACAACUUCCUUGUCAAGUUAAACAAUAACCUUAAGAACUUCCUAAUGGAUACUAUCAAUGAGCACAAGGAACUAUACGUCAAGGGAAAUGAAACAGACUUUAUUGAUUUAUUCCUCCAGGAGAUGUACAACAGCGUAGAGGAGCAGAGAGAUAAAGUUUCUGUGUUUUCAGACGACAAUCUACUUGUAACGUUGCUCGACUUCUUCAUCGCCGGCAUCAGCACCACAACAGCAACAUUGGAUAAUCUCUUCUUGCAAAUGGCCAAUCACCAGGACGUACAACGCAAACUAUACGAGGAAAUCAACGACGUGAUCGGUUCCCAUAGGCUUCCCAAACUGGAAGAUAGAAUCAAAAUGCCCUUCACGGAAGCAAUAAUAACAGAGUGUCAACGUUUAUUUCACGUCACACCUGUAAUCGGGCCACGUCGCGUUCUUAAGGAUACAAUUCUCGGUAACUACAAGAUACCCAAGAAUACUACUGUUUUGAUGAAUAUGUAUUCAAACAAUAUGGAUCCGGAUUUUUUCCCUGACCCGACUUCAUUUAGACCGGAGAGGCACAUAAACGAGAAUGGUGUUUAUCAACAGCACGAGAAUAUUAUACUAUUCGGAAAAGGAAAAAGAAGGUGCCCCGGAGAAGCUUUGGCAAAAUCGGCUACGUUUCUUUUCUUUGUCGGGAUAAUGCAAAAGUUUCAAUUACUUCCAGAGCCAGGUAAAGGAUCUAUUCAAACAGAACCAAAGAGAGGACUUAUACACGGACCAAAGCCUUAUAAAAUGUUAAUUGUUCCGAGAUAA